UUAAGUAAACGACAUUUCCCAGAAUGCGCCGCGGCUUCUAGUGACAUCCACGCCACGACGAGCUGAAACGGUUAUUUACGUCCCGAUGUUACGAACUUGGUCCCCUGACCUGAGCUCUAACCACUGUUACACCUGAGUUAAGGCGCUGCCCCUAGUUUGUUGUCCUCCGGAGUCACCCCCAGACUGACGCCAUAAGCCAGACCAGCUUGGUUUUCGGUGAGUCAAUUGCUAUGCUAUCAUCGGUUCCCACCAGGCUAUUUGCGCGAAGGUCGCGCAGCCUGUCACCGUGCAGUCGCGUGCUUCAGACCAGCGCCAGCGGUGGCGCGUGCCAGGGCAUCCGCGAGACUCCGGCGGAGGCCAAGCGCAACCCCAUCGUGUCCACUUCCAGGGUCUCCAGGAGGGGGAUUUUGGCUGAGGAGACUGCUGGAAACAGCGUGAAACCAUCGAUGCAGUACCACCACCUCGCCCCUAGAUGGCUGUCCAACCUGGAGAAUCGCCGCAGUUCCUGGGCGGCUCUGGCCAGCAGAGGUCGUAACAACAACCAGUACUGGGAGGAAAGCGGCGGAGACAGGGGAACAGGUGGAGGACCCAUGCGGGCAGGAGUAGCCUCUGCCGGUGUCCUCUCUGCUGCGGCCGUGGCCUUCUGUCUGAAGAAAGACCCCGAUAACAAAGAUGAUGCUCUUUUGGAAGCAGCAAGGACCAAUAAUGCUCAGGAUGUAGCCAGGCUGUUAAAAGAGGGGGUGGAUCCGAAUCAUCGCCACCGUCUCGGCUGGACCGCUCUCAUGGUGGCUGCUAUGAAUCGACAGCACAGCGUGGUGAAAGUCUUACUUGAAGCUGGUGCCGACCCAAAUGCCGGUGAUCACUUCAACAAUGUUUACGACACAUCACGGGAGAAAGGGAUCCACUCACUGGAAGUUUUGGUGUCCAGAGAGGACGAGUUCAGCAGCAGGCUGAGCAGCAGGGCUGGUUUCCGUGGCUGCACAGCGCUUCACUACGCUACGCUGGCCGACGACCCACGCGCUGUACGCAUGCUGCUUGAGGCUGGUGCCAGCCCCCUGCAGACCAAUGGUGUGGGACACACAGCACGGGCCUAUGCUAAGGAGGGAGAAGUGAGCACUUUGCUGCAGGAGUGGGAGGGCAAGUUUCUGGAGUUACAGGCUCGACGAGAGGCAGAGGAAAGGAGGAGGUUCCCCCUGGAGAGGAGGCUGAAGGAGCACAUCAUUGGACAGGAGGGGGCCAUCAAUACGGUGGCUUCAGCCAUCAGGAGAAAGGAGAACGGCUGGUACGAUGAAGAACAUCCCCUCGUAUUCCUCUUCCUGGGCUCAUCGGGAAUCGGAAAGACGGAGUUGGCUAAACAGGUGGCUCGUUACAUGCACAAGGACAUUAAAAAGGGUUUCAUCCGCAUGGACAUGUCGGAGUUUCAGGAAAAGCAUGAGGUGGCAAAGUUCAUUGGCUCUCCACCGGGAUAUGUGGGACAUGAAGAAGGCGGUCAGCUGACCAAGCUGUUGAGGGCGUGUCCUAACGCUGUUGUCUUGUUUGAUGAAGUGGAUAAGGCCCACCCCGAUGUCCUCACCAUCAUGCUGCAGCUCUUUGAUGAGGGUCGUCUUACAGACGGUAAAGGAAAGACAAUCGAAUGCAAAGACGCCAUCUUCAUCAUGACGUCGAACGUCGCAAGUGACGAGAUAGCCCAGCAUGCAUUGCAGCUCCGCCAGGAAGCCGAGCGGGUCAGCCGCAGGAAGCUGGCCGAUAACCUCGAGGACGUACAGAAAAGUGAUGACAUUAAAAUCUCCAGACAGUUUAAAGAAUCUGUGAUUCGACCAAUCCUGAAGGCUCAUUUCCGAAGGGACGAGUUCCUGGGCCGUAUCAAUGAAAUCGUCUACUUCCUGCCAUUCUGUCACUCAGAGCUGCUACAGCUGGUCAGCAAAGAGCUCAACUUCUGGGCCAAAAAGGCUAAACAGCGGCAUGAUAUCACUCUUCAGUGGGAUCGCCCAGUACUGGACCUGUUAGCAGGCGGCUACAACAUGCAUUAUGGAGCUCGUUCCAUCAAGCAUGAGGCUAAACAGCGGCAUGAUAUCACUCUUCAGUGGGAUCGCCCAGUACUGGACCUGUUAGCAGGCGGCUACAACAUGCAUUAUGGAGCUUGUGAUUUAUGCCAUAUUUCAGGGCUCCUUGUAGAACAAAAUCACGAUGAUGUGUUAGGGCCACAUUAAGAAAAAAAUUUAGCGGACCUACUUCUAGGCCAGUUACCCGCAGAAGUAAUUGACAUUGAGGACAUUUACCUGUUUAAUGUGACGAUAAUAGCCUGCGAGAAAGUUAUUACAAGGAACUGGCUUCAAAGGGAUCCUUUGAGACUGAAGCAAUGGCGAGAUGUCAUGGAGGAAAUUUCCACGAUGGAAAAAAUAACUUAUUACUUAAGACUUGAAGCACAUCGAUUCAAACAACGAUGGAAGAAAUGGAAUCUGUAUAAGGCUCGACCAAACACAGACAUUCUUUGAUGUUUAGGUAGCACCACACAAGUUGUUUACUCUCUUUUUUUUUGCCAUUUGUUCUCCCUCACCCCUUAAUUUUUUUCUUUUAUUCCCUCCAUUUAUUGUAAAUGACUGAGGAAAAUGAAAAACUAAAGUAAAAAAAAAAGCGUCAGUUUUGGAGCCUGUUAUCGAAUCUUUAUGGAGGGGAGGAAAAAAUAGGGGAAAAAAGGUAUUUGUUACAUAUUAAUAACAGCGAUGUUCAGAUUUUGCCGUGAAGGAGAAAGGAUCUAUAAACCUGAUCUCCACCCGACCCCUGACUCUGUCACUGAUCCGUCAGGUUGAGAGGAGAGUCGUCAACCAGUUAGCCACAGCGUACGAGCAGGAGCUGCUGCCUAACGGCUGCACGCCGCGUGUGUCUGUCCAAUCGGAAGGCCAGAAAGAUGGCACGACAGCCUGUCCUUUGAGGUGGUUGGAGAGGACAGCCAGUGUAGAACACUGGAUAUUGUAUGAUUGUUAUCGAAUCUGUGUGAAAAAAAAUAAUUAAAAAAACAAACUGAUAUUUGUGACACAUUAAUAACAGCAACUUUAUUUUCCUGUGAAGGAAAAACGGAUAAUCAAAGAUGAUUUGACUGUGUUUUAGCACAUUGUUCACAUCAGCAGAGGCACGCUGAUGAAAAUGUAAACACAACCUGCGUAAUCUGUUCUCCCCAAUGAAGAAUGUGCUAGUGGAGAGAGUGCAUUUGAAGCAUGGUUGAUAUAACUGGCUUGUAAGUAGUUUCUGUUGAUGCAUGUUAAUGUAAAGAAGUCUAUCAUAGCUGCGAGCGAGCUCUGGUGCUUUCGUUUGUGUCCCUCUGACAUUAAGAGGAAUUUAGUCAUAAAGAGAAAAUAUUCAAAGUGUUGCAUCAUAAAUGUUUGAACAGCACGCUGCCAAGGCGCCAAAUGUAAUCGAGCGACGUUUGUCAUUCUUGUAUCCGAGUCUCCGCCGUGUAAAUAAAGUCAUCACAAUCAAAAGGGAAUUCCU